CAGCAGCAGCGGGGUGCAGAGGCGUGUUCUGAUGAACUAUUCCUGUAAACUGGAACUGGACCUAAACACAGUACACAGCAACCUCAAACUGUCUGACAACAAGAAGAAGGUGACAGCGGAGGAGGAUAAGUCAAAUCCUAAUAAUCCAGAGACAUUUCACUACUGGUAUCAGAUGCUGUGUAAAAAUAAGCUGAAAGGUCACUGUUACUGGGAGGUCGAGAGGACAGGAAAGGUUAAUAUAGCAGUGAGUAACAUAAACAUCAUGAGGAACGGAGACCAAGAUGACUGUUGGUUUGGAUGUAAUGAUCAUUCCUGGAGUCUGAGGUGCUGUGAUGAUGAAGGUUACGCUGCCUUCCACAACGACAAAAAAUACCCCAUCACCUCCUCCUCCUCUGUCUCUAACAGAGUAGCAGUGUAUGUGGACUGUCCUGCUGGCACUCUGUCCUUCUACACAGUCUCCUCUGACUCACUGAUCCACCUCCACACCUUCGAGAUGAUCAAAUUCUCUGACCCUGAAACUCUCUGUCCUGGGUUUGGGGUCUGGUCAGCUGGUUCCUCAGUGUCUCUGUGUCCUCUGUAGGAGGAGACAACUUCCUGUCCUGUGGUUUAAAUGUUGACGGAGGACGAGGCUUCACUUUGGUUCACAUUAGUCUCACUGAUUGUGUCUUUAAUGUCAGAAAUGUUCUUCUUCUUCUUUAGUAAUGUUGAAAUGAUCUCCUCAGGGAUGUUAGUUGUGUAUAAACUGUGUUGACUUUGAUUUUUACUUUACUCAUCUUUGAUUGGAGCAGUUUCAGCUGUUAGUGAUUUAUUUCCAUAAAGGUUUAAAGAUUAAAAAUACUUGAUGAGUUCAACAAGUUUUAACAAAUCAAAAGAAUCAAAUCAAAUCAAAGAAUAAAGAUGUUUUCUUCACAAUUAA